AUGUUGAGCCUCAACUCCAUAAUUGCCUCCCUUAAUUCGACGAUCCCGGCUGUUGUAUCUCAAACGCUUGAUCAGCUACCUGCGUAUGCCCUCUCUAACCCUCGAGACUCUGAUCACAUCCUGGACCACCUGUAUGAGCUUUAUAUCGUUUCAGAGGGGAACCUCAUUAACAUGAUAUUAUCAUGUGUUCGCAAAAUCGUGGUACUUUUGGCAGAUGAUCGACAACUCUUCCUUGAGCUCCUCCCUAAGGCGUUGAAGAUCCUGUUUUCUACCACGACACAUCCUAUGUAUGAUGUUAUCCUCUACUCUGUUCAGUCUAUACGCAUGCUUAUCCCCUUUGCCCCGCAGGAGAUCUUCGAUAGCAUGUGUACCUUUAUGAAUAGCUACCAGUCUCCUGAUGAAGUGCGCUCUUCCCCUAAGCUGUCCAUUCUUGCUCUACUGCCUUACUUUUAUGUGGGGCCUGAUCCCCAGGACAACUUUCUGCAAAACUUUGAUACCCCAACAGGAAUAACAGAUGCCAAGAUAACUGAACUGAUCAGGAAUAUUGUCCAGGAGGUGACCUUUGCAGAGGGAAUUGCCCCGAUUGCGGACGGUGUGCUCUCACUGUGCGAACUUUAUGGACCCAUCUUUCUAUCAUCAAUGCCUAAAUACUUUGAGGAUAAGAUGGAGGCUAUUCAGAAGAAGCUCUUUGACAUUCCCUCUAAGACCGAUCUGUGUGGAAAGGAGGUUCAUGUGCGCAUGAAGACCGGGGACUUUCUGCUCAAUUACAGCGAUGACGAAAGACAAGUAUAUAUUCUCGGCCUCUCCGGUCACAUUGACUUUAGCCAUAUCAUUGAUUUAUUUUUCAAGCAACUUAUUGGAGCAGACUUCGUGCUGAAUAACUAUUUGACGCCUGUGUAUACUCAGAACCUCAUGAGGCGUCUCCAGGGUUUGCUAAAGGAUGAUCUUGUCCCCUCCCUCUCUGCACCAGCGGCCAAAAUUUCAUAUGAAAAUGCUGACCUGCUCACAUCUAUACUUCAUUCACUGUCUGUGAUUGUCGUAGUACAGCCCUGCCACGUCGGGGCCUACUUGUUGCUGAUAACCCUUAUACUUGAGGCUGCCGACAGACAGCUAGUCACCAAAGAAAUAAUAAUGGAGACAGUUGUCUACUUGGCAAUUAGUCUUCAGCACAAGCUGGGAACUAACUUAAGUAUAGCCCCUAACAGCAAGGCGGCUAAGGCACAUGAGAAACACCACACUAGAGAGCACAACCAAGCGGUUCUAGAUGUCAUACUUUCCAUUACAAUAAAGAUUAUCAAUAUCUGCAAAGAAAUCGAGGGGCAGCAGAACGUCUCCGACCGUCCCAGAGAAGUGGUUAGUCCGACCUUGAUCUUGCAUAUUACUAGAGUUCUGGGGUGCAUAGGAUCCUUCAUGGAUGCAGAGUAUAGCCUUGCUGCUCUUACUUCAAGCAUCCUUAAAAAUGUCAUGACUCUUAUCAACCAGACAGCUAUUACGGUUUGCACCGUUCCCCGAGAGGUCAUACUGCAAAUACUUAACCACCUUAAUCUUGAGGUUAAGUUAUCUCAACCUGAUAUUGCAGACACCAGCCCAGUGCACUCCAGUGACCAGCAUAUUAUCAUAUCCAAUUGUAGCUUGAUAACGUAUAUGAGUGGUGCGCCCAUUACAAAGCUGACUAAGCUAUUACUCGUUGAACUUGUUCACCAGAUAGACCAGCUCCUUGCCUACUUUGUGAAGCGACCCCUCGAAGACCCUUCUGAAGACUUUGUUUCCCUGUGCAUCGAAGCAAUCCUUCCAUUUACUGUCACACCCAACUACGCACUAGCAAGAUACUUUGCAUUUCAUGUGCUAGAGAGCUACAAGGAGCACAUUUCGCUCAAUAUAUUGCCCCUCGUAAAGUACGGCUUAUUUGAUCCGUCUUGGCGGGUUCGCCUAGCGACGUGGAACAUGCUAGCGCGGCAUAACUUCACAGAUCUCGUCAGUAUGUAUAACCCAGCUAUCCCUGAGAACCUCCUGCUCGAGAGCAACGACCUCAUCAUGAACAGAGACUGUCUGUCCUCUAUCCCUGUCUCUAUUAUUCUUUGGUGUUACGACAGCGUCGCAGUUGUCCGAGACUCGUGUAUUCAAGCAUUCUCUGGAUGGUUCGCAAGGGUUUUUGACACAGACGUUGGGAUCCUCAAUCUAAAGCUCCCUGAUCCCUCGUCUCCUGCUGCCAGUAAGCUAGAUGCUUAUCUUCGACCAGAAGCAUACACUGUCGUGCACCUUACAGUUAACAAACUUAUUUAUAUCUGCGAUCAUCUACUCACUUCUCUUAGAUACUACUACCGUGCGGUCGCCAUUGAGAUCUUAUUCUUUGCAUAUCGUAUACUGUCCGAGGUUAUAAAUUCAUUGAGUGAUAGACUUGGAAAAGGUCUGAAAGUGCUUGAGCCAAAGAUGCAAGAGCUGGACGCGGCCCUGCAACGCGUGAUAUCUUUUCUAGUUAUGACUGCCAAGACAGAUAGUCAGAACGUUAAGUAUGUCAUGAUCUUCGCCAUGGCAGAUUGCUACAAAGAUCGGCAGCUGGAGGGUGUAGUUAACAUACUCAAGCUAGACCCAGCGGUUUCUCAGGAGGCUAUACGGGUGUUUAGGUAA